AUGGACCGACUGCUGUGUGACUGUGUGAUAGCUUUGGCUGUACUGCUGUGUGUGGCCACACAGGUGUUGUGCCAGCUCUGUGACAGUCCCUGCCUUUGCCCCGGACCUGCCCCCCAGUGCCCCUCAGGAGUCCCACUGGUGCUGGAUGGCUGCCGGUGCUGCCAGGUGUGUGCUCGGCAGCAAGGUGAGCCCUGCACUGAGAUGUUUCCCUGCGACAGCCAGAGAGGACUCCGGUGUGACUACAGCGCCAGCUUCCCCGGAGACCCUGGGGAGUGCAUUAGUCAGGAGGACCUUGGCUGUGAAGUUAACGGCAUCACUUACCAAGAGGGCCAGUCGUUUCAGCCCUCAUGUGACACUUACUGCCACUGCAGAGGUGGAGGGGUGAGCUGUGUGCCGGCUUGCCCUCUGCAUGGCCGUCUUCCCACUCCAGACUGUCCCAACCCACAACAUAUCCGGCUACCGGGGAAAUGCUGCAAGGAAUGGGUGUGUGAAAACCUCGAGAACACAGUCAUUCAGGAUGCCAUAACAGCCAUGAGACCCGCCAGGUUGUGGCCAGUUCUCCUGAGGGAUCAUCCUCUAAACAAACUAGUCCCACCUGCCUCCACAUGUAAAGAGCAGAGCACCCAGUGGAGUGCCUGUUCCCAGAGCUGUGGGGCUGGGGUGUCCACACGGGUUUCUAACCAGAACCCAGCCUGCAAGCUGCAAAUGGAAACUCGACUUUGUAAAGUGCGGCCUUGCCAUAUGGUUCAGCCUGCCACAAGGAAACCCAUGAGGGGAAGGCAGAGGUGGUGCAAGGCCAGCUACACAUCACCAGGUCCCAUUCGGCUCAUUCACCAGGGCUGCUACAGCACUCGUGCCUAUCAGCUCCAGUACUGCGGACAGUGCACUGACUCUCGCUGCUGCACGCCUUAUCAAACCACCACUGCUGAGGUGACCUUCCGAUGCCCCACCGGUAGACUGCUACAGCGAGCUGUGAUGAUGAUUCACUCAUGUGUUUGUCAUAACAACUGCCCAUACUCACCUUACAGUAACCCUGCUCUGUGGGGAUACAGGCCCUGAUGAGCACGGAUUCAUUCAUAAUAGUGAAGAUUUCCCCGACUGAUUCGUGGGCCGGACAGUGAGAGAAACCUUAUGCAUCACCAAGCAUCCCCUAACCAAUGGACCUUGAAAGAGAAAAUGAUUAUUGUAGAUAAAAACUGUGAUUGAGUUGGGAUGAACAUUUAUCUUUACACUUAUACAAUCUCAAUCUGCACUUAUUCAUAACUCCUUUAUACUGAUAUACAUUGGGAAGCCAUAAUACUGGUGAUUUUGACCUUAUCCAGGAAUUAAAAUUACAUUGCAAAUUUAGAGAAAGCAAGCAAGCAAACUUAAUUUACAGUAGAGCACUUUUUAAAGGAUAGAAGGGACAGAUAAUAAAAUUAUAUAUAUACAUAUACACACACACACACUGUAUAUGAAACAAGAGGAAGUAAGUGUAUAACCCACAAAGUAAAAGUUAUUGAAAAAAGAAAACAUGUGGGUUUUAAGAAAGAUGUGCACUGAUUUGCCUACUCUGAGACUUUUCCUUUAGAGGUCGGAGGGCACAAUAACUCCUUUAAGUAGACUACAGAGGUGCCUAGUCAUGUAAUGCCUUAUAUGAAGAGA